UCAAGCGGAUGCUGACCCGGGAGCUGACCCACCUCUCCGAGAUGAGCCGCUCCGGGAACCAGGUGUCCGAGUACAUCUCCAACACCUUCCUGGACAAGCAGAACGAUGUGGAGAUCCCUUCACCCACGCAGAAGGACAGGGAGAAGAAGAAAAAGCAGCAGCUCAUGACGCAGAUCAGCGGAGUGAAGAAAUUAAUGCACAGUUCGAGCUUAAAUAACACCAGCAUUUCCCGCUUCGGUGUGAAAACGGAGAAGGAAGACCACCUGGCCAAGGAGCUGGAAGACCUGAACAAGUGGGGUCUCAACAUAUUUAACGUCGCGAGGUAUUCCCACAACAGGCCCCUCACCUGCAUCAUGUAUGCUAUAUUCCAGGAGAGGGACCUGCUGAAAACGUUCAAGAUCUCCUCGGACACGUUCGUGACGUACAUGAUGACUUUGGAAGACCACUACCACUCGGACGUCGCGUACCACAACAGCCUGCACGCGGCCGACGUGGCCCAGUCCACCCACGUGCUGCUCUCCACCCCUGCCCUGGACGCUGUCUUCACUGAUUUGGAAAUCCUUGCUGCGAUUUUUGCAGCUGCAAUUCAUGAUGUGGAUCACCCUGGUGUCUCCAAUCAAUUUCUAAUUAAUACAAAUUCGGAGCUCGCCCUGAUGUACAACGAUGAGUCUGUCUUGGAGAACCACCAUCUGGCCGUGGGCUUCAAACUGCUCCAGGAGGAGCACUGCGACAUCUUCCAGAACCUCACCAAGAAGCAGCGGCAGACCCUGCGCAAGAUGGUCAUCGACAUGGUACUGGCAACAGAUAUGUCCAAGCACAUGAGCCUGCUGGCUGACCUGAAGACCAUGGUGGAAACGAAGAAGGUGACGAGCUCGGGGGUGCUGCUGCUGGAUAACUACACCGACAGGAUACAGGUUCUCCGAAAUAUGGUACAUUGUGCAGACCUGAGUAAUCCCACCAAGUCUCUGGAACUGUACCGGCAGUGGACAGACAGGAUCAUGGAGGAGUUCUUCCAGCAGGGAGACAAGGAGCGAGAAAGGGGAAUGGAAAUCAGCCCCAUGUGUGACAAGCACACGGCAUCCGUGGAAAAAUCACAGGUAGUUGGCCUUCAGCUGCAUUUUUCUGUGCCCUAAGUUCG